CGGCAUGUAUUUACAGUCUGGGUGUCUGGACGGACACGGCGCACCAGAAAAGGCAAAACUUUUUCCAGGAGGAAUAGACUGCAAUGGAGUGAAUUAACUUUUUUAUUUUGAGGGAUAAAGAGGCAUUUGGACUGGCGUGUCUUUUCCAUUCAAAGGUGCAGCCCUGUGACGCACCUGCUCCCUCCUCUCUCUUCCGCUGCUGUGGUCUCUCCUUCAGACGGCUGGGCCCUGCCCACCUCUCCUCCUCUUCCUCCUCUUCUUCAUCUGCCUCACUGCUCCCCGUCGCCAUGACGCGCUCCAAGACCUUCCAGGCCUACCUGCCCAACUGCCACCGCACCUACAGCUGCAUCCACUGCCGAGCACACCUGGCCAAUCACGAUGAGCUCAUCUCCAAGUCGUUCCAAGGGAGCCAAGGCCGAGCUUAUCUCUUCAAUUCAGUGGUGAACGUGGGAUGCGGUCCUGCAGAAGAGAGAGUGCUUUUGACAGGUCUUCAUGCUGUGGCUGAUAUUUACUGUGAGAACUGCAAAACCACUCUUGGCUGGAAAUAUGAGCAUGCCUUUGAGAACAGUCAGAAGUACAAGGAGGGCAAGUUUAUCAUUGAACUGGCCCACAUGAUCAAGGACAAUGGCUGGGACUGACAAGACCCCACACACAACACAUGAACUGAGCAGGCUGAACACAACAGGCUGGAUCAUUUGCUACGGUGUUGCAGUGUGUGUACAGACACACACACACACACACACCCCAUCACACACACACACACGUGUACAUGGAGAGACAUGGUAUUACCCCCUGUUGCUUAUUAGCUUCAAGGACAUAGAGCAGUCACAGUGGCUUCCCUUGAUUUGUUUUAUUUACUGAGAGAACCAAUCAUAUCAUCAGUCUCGUUAGUGUGUCUGUGUAGAUUGAGCAUCGCGCUGAACACUGAAAGGCAGUUGAAUCAGUUUCGAUGUAUGUCUGUAUAUGUGCGUAUGUAUAUACAUAUAAGAUGUAUGUAUAAGAUGCAUGUUGAGUGAGUUGGGUCAGAUGCAGAGUCUGUCUAUGGGGUUCUGCCCAGUGGAACUGGGGGCAGCCGACCUCCCGGAUCGGUGUUGACUCUGAGCCGAUCUGAGCCUAGUGUGAGCCGGAUCCAUGCCAGGGUCAAGCCGCCAUCUGGACCACAGACAGAUGCAUGACACUAUCCUCAACACCAGCUGCCCGCUCCACAACGAUCUAUCUGCUGGACACCUUAACAGUGUGAGAGAGAGAGAGAGAGAAUUAUACUGUUCAUUUUGUUUGUUUUAAUGUUGUUUUGUUGCACAAGUGUUAAGCUAUUUGUGUAUUUAUUAAGUUAUUUUGAUCUUGUGUGAAAGGGGACACCUUACCUGCGGAGCAGUAGCAUUUGUAGCAAGUCCCCGCACAGAAACGUGUCAAUAUGGUAGCAGUCUUCUGCAAGGUCCCUCGAGAGUCACACAUGUCUGUGUGCUCCUUGCCUCCACCAAGUGCUUUGAAGCUUCCUCUGUGAAUGUGAUACUGACAUAUGUGAAGCAGACACAUAGGUUUACAUGCUGUGUGAAACACACACACACACACACACACACACACACACACACACACACACUUGUCAGUACAGAAGAGUGUUUUGCGCUCACUGAUGCCAGAACAGCAAGAGAGAUUUAACACACAAGUAUUGAGAUAUUCCCAGAAUGCACUUGGGCCUACUUCACAUGUCCGCAGAGGUAGCUUUCAAAGGACGGAACCAAACUGGGGGGCUUCUGUAUCGACAACCACCCCACCCCUACCCCCCACCCUCAAUACUCAUCCCCACCCUCCCAGAACUACCAAAGACUUCUGAGUCAACAAAGAGUGACGACCAAAAUGUCUACGAGCUGACUGGUUUUAUUUUGCGCAUUCUGUCUCUAUCUGAGGUUUUGCUUUCUUCCCGUCAGAAGCGAGGUAGCACCUUGUUAGGUGGGGGCUGCCCGGCCGCGAGGUUAUCACCAUAGCCACCCGCUGCCAGUCCUGAGUAGCCGCGCUCUGUACUUCAGCGGAGGUGUUUUUUGCGCCGUCUCUGUUACUCCGUGUGUAUUCAGUGUGUAUUUAUUUCCGUGUGUGGACGUUCUAGCGUGCGAGAGCGCCUAGGUCCAGACAGUCCUCUAUGGUUAAGAUCUUUCCUACUUUUAUACAGUUUGAAAAUGAAAUUAUGUUAUUGAUUUCAGUGUCUUUUCCAAAGGAAGAACUUGUGGAAACGUAUUUGAACUUUGGUUAAUAAAGACAUUUAUGAGCAA